AUUUAAGCCGCUUAGCCUUUCACCUGUGCCAGACUGCGAUUUGGACAUUUUCCACUGCUACCUGCUGUGAAACUCACCUGCAUCAAGAGCUCAUAAAUACACAUACCUCUUAAUUCUAAAUUUAUUUAGACAAAAACAUAAUCUACACAUUUACACAACACAAUUAUUUUAACACAAAAACAUACACACACACUGCUAAAUUUGAUUAACUUCUAUCUUUCUAUCAAGCAAAAUAUUUGUACUACAUUUGACUUUAUUUUUGCUUCUGAUUUUAAUAACAACUUUUUCCCCCCAGUUCUCUUUUGCUGUGAUUUGACAGAAUGCCACGAAGAGGGCGUCGGUCGGAGGCAGCCAAGAUCAGAUGGAGAAGGAUGGACUCUGAGCCAGAUAUUGCCAAGCCCACGACACCCCAACCCACCCCGCAGGCCUGGUCCCCCACUCAGUCUCCAGAGAAGAAGAAACCCCUACUGAUGGCGUUCGGGCCCCCAGACCAGACAUGUCCCAUGGUGUGCCAGGAGGAACCUCGUGAGCCAUCAUCGACCCCCCUCCGGUCUCGUCAAGGGACAGGGUAUCGGCAUCGUGUCAUGCAGUGGGGCUAUUCACGCGUAUCCAGGCGUAGGCGUAAGUUCGUGCUCCUAGCCGAGGCUCCAGAGAAAAAGUUUGCUCUAUUGGUUGGCGAUUCCCAUUUGCGAGCUAUUGUGGAUGGGUUUGUCACCAUGCCAAAGAGUACUUUCUCCUUAGGGGUGCUGUCUUCUCCUGGAGCAUCUGCAGACGAGUUGCGACGUGAGGUACUGGAUACGGUUCUGCCUCGGACCCCAGACGUCAUCUGUCUUCUGGCGCCCAGCAACAACUUGAGUUCUAGCACGACCUACCAGGAGGCGGGACGGGACUUCGACUCUUUGUUGCAUACCAUAAGCAACCUCUGUGCUAAUGUGGUUGUUUUGGACUUCCCACCACGGCUCAUCGUCGAGGAGAGGGAGCAGACACUCCUGCGACAGGAGUACAGCCGUGUAGCAGCCAAGAGAAAUGUUCGGUACCUACCGGUCAUUGAGCACUUCCCUCUCAGCCACCUGGACUUGUGGAGCAGGGAUGGUGUUCAUCUGAGUGACGCACCUGGGAUGGAGGUUCUUGCUAAGUUGCUGUGGGCUGCGGUCUCCACGCAACUUCAGUUAAGUGCGCCUGUGUCUGAGUCUCUAGCUCUGUCUGCUUUUCCACCUCUAUCUGCUUGUCCCCCCGUCUCGUUGCCUCCUUGUCCCCCCGUCUCGUUGCCUCCUUGUCCCCCCGUCUCGGUGCCUGCUUGUCCCCCCGUCUCGGUGCCUGCUUGUCCCCCCGUCUCGGUGCCUGCUUGUCCCCCCGUCUCGUUGCCUGCUUGUCCCCCCGUCUCGUUGCCUGCUUGUCCCCCCGUCUCGUUGCCUGCUUGUCCCCCCGUCUCGUUGCCUGCUUGUCCCCCCGUCUCUGUGUCUGAUUUUCCACCUCUGUCUGUCUCUGUUAUGCGCCCUGUGCCUGCUUCUCCCCAUGUCUCGGCAAGACAUCCCUUUCCCGGGCUUGUUGUGGACUGCAAGGGGCCUGGUCAGAGUGCUUCACACCCCUUCCACGGGACUGUCGUCGGUGGUGGCCAGAAGGCUUCUGUGUUGGAACCCUGUGUCAGAGGUCCCCCUGUCCUGUCUGUGAGGGCUACACAUUCCCAAGCCGACAAAAGAUAUGAUAAGUUUUCACGCAAUCACCAGUGCACAUGCAUGGCUCUAACAUUUUUAGCUUACCACAAUGAGGGGUUAGAUUUUAACACAAUGUUACUAGACAGAGUGAUCAUGAAAGGUGAUAAACUUUAUGUUGCCACUAAACGGCAGCUAUUGAUGAAUGGAACUUUUGAAGAUAACCACUUAACAUUUGAAGAGAUGCCUAGGAAUGUAAUGACAGACACAAACCUUUAUGAAGUACACACAACAGGUUUAAGGGUUGGUCGAGUCUUUGCUCCUUCUGAAAGCCCUCAAAGGUCUCGGCAAAUGGCUUUGUCUCUUGGUGAAGAACUGCGGUCUCUAUCAGAAAAUGUCACCCAUGCAUUUCUUCUGGUGACUCCAGAAUGCAUUGCAAUUUUCAGGGACAGAGAUGGCAGGUUUGGAGUUUUUGAUUCCCACUCAAGAAACUCUGCAGGUCUGCCCCAACCCUGUGGCACUGCAAUAAUGAUGACUUUCAGCAACCGAACUACCAUGCUGAAACAUCUGCAACGGCUGUUUCAAAACCGUGGCCCGAAUGCCACCUAUGAGUUUGUACCAGCUUGUAACAUGACCAGCCAGGAAUACAGAUACUAUGUUGAUGCUCUCACUUCUGGCAUGGUGGUAAUGAUGAAGCGUAGCCUUGAGGACAUUUGGGUCAACGCUUACAACCCCAUUCUCCUCCGUGCAUGGAAUGCCAACAUGGACAUUCAGUAUGUGCUUGAUGAGUACAGCUGCAUCGAGUACAUGAUGUCCUACAUAGCCAAGCCAGAGCAUGAAAUGUCACAGUUUCUCAAGUCUGUCAUUGAGGAUCUGAAGAACUCAAAUGUCAACCAACAGGAUGAGAUGAAGAAGAUCAUGCAGGCUUAUUCAAAACAACGAGAGCUGAAGAUGCUAUGA